CUGCGGGCUCAAAGUUUGAGGACACUAAGUGGAGAGCACCCGGGGCGCGUUUUUUUUCCUUCUAGCUUUCUUUCCUUUUUUUAAUGCAAUAUCCCCUCCACUCAUCAGUGUGACUCAUUAACAUAGUAUUCAUUUUAUUUCUUCUCUAAAACUCAUUAUUACGCCUGAUGAUCGACAUAUUUCCAAGCAAGAGGCACAUCCUACUGCUGGAUUAAGUCACUGACGUCAUUUUUCUAUCGGUGUAUUUUUUUUUGGAGGGGAGUAUUAGUUAAUUUAACCAUCUAAUGGCCGGUCGACAUAUUUUUGAAAAGCUGAAGACAUCUAAAACCUCUGUGAUGACGUCAGUGUUGUUCCACCUGCUGCUGCUGGAGUCCAUCUUGAUGUGCUGUGGGGCCAGAGGUCCCCCCAGGGUGUCGGAGCGAGUGUCCCAUCGGCAGAGCGUGCGCCUGGGCCGCACGGUCAAGCUGCCGUGCCCCGUGGAGGGCGACCCACCGCCGCUCAUCAUGUGGACCAAGAGCGGCCGCAACAUCCACAGCGGCUGGACACGCUUCCGGGUGCUCCAGCAUGCUCUACGCAUCAAGGAGGUGGAGGCGGACGACGGCGGCGCGUACGUCUGCAAGGCCACCAACGGAUUCGGCAGCGUCAGCGUCAACUACACGCUCAUCAUCAUCGAUGAUUCCCGAGCCGGGCCAGUCAACUCAGAACACCUUCCAGAGCUGGCCGGGAAACUGGUACGUCCUCGCUUCACACAGCCAGCCAAGAUGAGGAAGCGCGUCAUCGCCCGGCCGGUGGGCAGCUCAGUGCGCCUCAAGUGCACAGCCAGCGGCAACCCUCGACCCGAAAUUGUGUGGCUAAAGGAUGGACGCCCACUAGCACAGGGCGAUGACGAAAAUGGAGGUGCGGAGGAGGACAGGAAAAAGAAAUGGACUCUGACUUUAAAGAGCCUGACGCCGGAACACAGCGGCAAGUACACGUGUCACGUGUCCAACCGAGCAGGACACAUCAACGCCACCUACAAAGUGGAAGUCAUACAACGCACCAACUCCAAGCCCAUCCUGACGGGCACUCACCCAGUCAACACGACAGUGGACUACGGCAGCAGCACGUCCUUCCAAUGCAAAGUGCGCAGUGACGUCAAGCCCGUCAUCCAGUGGCUCAAGCGGGUGGAGGCCGGUGACGAGAGCAAGUUCAACUCCACGCUCGAGGUGGGGGACCACCGCUAUGUGGUCUUGCCCACUGGGGACGUUUGGUCGCGGCCUGACGGCUCGUACCUCAACAAGCUUCUGAUCACUCGCGCCAAGAAGGAGGAUGCCGGCAUGUAUAUCUGCCUGGGCGCUAACACCAUGGGAUACAGCUUUCGGAGCGCCUACCUUACCGUGCUGCCAGAUGUGAAGCCCCAAAACAAUUUAGUCCUGGCCGCUGCCUCGCAGAGCCUGCCCUGGCCCGUCAUCAUCGGGAUACCGGCGGGUGUGGCCUUCGUCCUGGGCACUGCCCUCCUCUGGUUCUGCCAGUCCAAACGCAGCUGCCCAUCGUCCUCCUCCUCUUCAUCUUCCUCACAAGCCUCCUCCGCCCUCACCGUCUCGCAGCGCCUGCCGGUGGCGGGCCGCGAGAGAGCGUGCCCUAGCGCCGACAAAGAGGCCCUGUCUUACGAGGACUAUAUGGCCCACCAGAACCAGCCGUUGACAUCCUCCAAGCUGUACCCCAAAAUCUACACGCACGACAUACACACACACUCGCACUCGCACGUGGACGGCAAAGUGCACCAACACCAGCAUAUUCACUAUCAAUGUUAGCAACGGAGGGACAAAUGACAGCCACGACACUUUAGCGCAUAUUGGAACUCAAUGAAGAAUGUAAGCAGAGAUUUAUUUUUUCAAAACAAUCAAAAAUCCCUCAAAGUAUUUUUCAAGACUAAGUAUGGAGUAAUAAAUACAUCCUCAUGUUCCGUCCUUUGAACAUUUGUGUCUGUACAUAGUCAGAUAUGAUUAUGUAGCAUUUAGCAUGUUUCUUCAACCCCGGGUCUUUGUAUAAAUGUAAUAGUUUGUGCGUAAUGUUAUUUGUUUUCGUGUUAGUGUCGUUAAAGAAACACCAUCCAGACUCACUUCACUGGUCGGAGCAGAAGGCGGGAAAAAAGGCUGCUAAACACUUCAAAGCACUCAGUACAUAUUUCAUAAGAUGACACCAUCAAACUCACCAUUUUGUGGAAGUAUUUCAAAAUACAGCCCACAAAGCCAGUUUCAUUUAGCAGCAUGACAUUUGGUAGGCAUGUUGAUUAUGAGUAAACCCACAAAAAAAAGCCAUGUCUAAAAAGACACAGGAAGGAAUGCAGGGAUUCUGCCAGCAAAAUAUGGUUACUCACCAUGAAACAGUAAAUUCUUGGUUGGCAUUGUUUUUUUUGUUUUUUUUGUUUUUUUUUAAUCAGUUCUGUCAGACAGUUUCCCUUAGAUCAGGGGUGUCAAACUAAUUUU